AUAUGGAGGGUAGGUAGAAAUAGAGGCUCUUAUUAGUUCUCAUAUCUUUACAAAAACAAGUCCAACUUUGUGGUUAGUGGUGUUGUUUACAUUAAACAAAAAAUGGAAGGAGAAAAUGGAAAGAAGAUGAAAAUACUUUGCCUCCAUGGAUUCAGAACUAGUGGCAGUUUUAUCAAAAAGCAAAUCAGUAAAUGGGAUCCUUCUAUUUUCUCUCAAUUUCAUUUGGAAUUCCCAAAUGGCAAAUUUCCUGCUGGAGGGAAAUCUGACAUAGAAAGCAUUUUUCCUCCACCUUACUUUGAGUGGUUUCAAUUCGACAAGGAUUUCACUGAGUACACUAACUUAGAUGAGUGUAUCUCAUACUUGACUGAGUACAUCAUGGCCAAUGGUCCCUUUGAUGGUUUCCUCGGCUUCUCACAGGGUGCAACACUUUCAGCACUUUUAAUAGGUUAUCAAGCACAGGGAAAAUUGCUAAAGGAGCAUCCACCCAUAAAGUUUUUGAUAUCAAUAUCUGGCUCCAAAUUUAGAGAUCCUAGCAUAUGUGAUAUUGCUUACAAGGACCCCAUCAAAGCUAAAUCUGUUCAUUUUAUUGGUGACAAAGAUUGGUUGAAAAUUCCUUCCGAAGAACUUGCCUCUGCAUUUGACAAGCCACUUAUAAUAAGGCAUCCUCAAGGUCACACUGUCCCAAGAUUAGAUGAAGUAUCUACGGGUCAGUUGCAAAAUUGGGUUGCGGAAAUCCUAACGCAACCAAAAGACGUUGGUGUCUCAAUUGGCGAGCACGAAAGCAAGGUAGAAAAUACCAAUGGAGACAUAGGUAUAAAUGGCAUGGGAAUCAACAAGGAAAAUGCAGAGAUCAUAGAGGUAUCACAAGCCUGAAGAUCUUAGCUUAUAAAGAAGGAAACUGAAUUUGAUGCAAAUUGUGUUUGAGUGAUUCUUCAUGUUUGUUUGCUUAUAUUUCUCAAUGCCUUCUUCACCAGCAUAUGUACUGACAAUAUUAUCAGCAUCAUAGAUUAAAUUUGUUUGUUCGAUGAUGACUAUUCAAAUAAUACAGAAUAAUCUUCUUCACGACGAA